AGUUCUCUUCCUGGUGGCUUAAACUCUUUUCUCCGAAUCAAAAUCUAACUCUUUCCUCCAUAAAAUCUAUCACGUUGAGAUUACCAUUUUCAGUAUUCUCUCUGUCAUUUUUCUCUCUAGAAUCAGUACUGCAUUCGAAGCUUCUUCUUGAAAGAAAUUUAGUGAAGAAGGUCAUUAUAUCAUCAAGAUUCACAGGUUGUUUCUUUGAAUUCCAUUGAUAUAUACAACUCAGAAAUUAAUCUUUCUGACUCGUGUAUUUCUCUGAAGACUUUAAAGCGUACUUCCCUAUCGGCUCUGUCCCUUGUCCGCCUCUUCUUUUUACCUGAAUCUAUUGUAAGAUCUACAUUCGGUCCGCUUCUAUUCAGCCCUUCUCCUGGAACCCGAAGAACGGUAUCUUCAUCUCCAUGUACUACUCAAGUUAAGUCAGAUGAUUUCUCUUCUAACAACAAUCUCGGUUUUAUCAAAUGCCCUGACAAUGAUAUAUUGGUUUUCUUCCCUACUGGGGAUAAUCUCCAUAAACUUGGGCGGGCUAAAUUAUCCCUAAAAAUAGAUGAAAUACCAGAAAUAUAUGAUGCAUCAGACUGCGAGUGGGGUGUGAUUGUUAAGAUUAUGGUUAGUUCAGUUUGGAAGCCUGCUAAUUUUGUUUCUCGUGAGGGUUUCCCACCACCACCUUCUGUUGUUACUCUAGGUUAUUUGUCAGCUUGUACCACCCACUCUGUCCAUUGGUUUAAGAUUGACUGGGAUCGUAAAGAACAUCAACAUGUAUUGGUUAACUUAGGUUCCAAGCAGUUCUCUGCUUCUGUUCUUCAUGCUUGUUGGAGUCCACAUGUGAAUUAUGAAAGUCUGGUUUUGUUACAUAGUGGUGAACUCAUCUUAUUUGAUUGGGGUCGCUUACCUGACAGAACUCGUUUAGAUGUUGAAUGGAAGGAUUCAGAUUUGGGUACAGUAACUUCAGAUACGAGAUGGUUGAGUUGUGAAUUUGGUUCGCAUCCUCGGUUUUUUGUCAUUGCUUGUUCAGAUGUUGUUUACCAAGUCGAUGGGAGGUUUCAUGACAAGUAGAUUGCAAGCAUUCUAGCAAAGAUCGAGUUGUUUGCUGACUUGCAAUUACCUGGGCCUGAGGAGUUGUUAGCUGGCACGCACGAGCCUGACGAAUUCAUUACGUUUUGUAGAGCGGGUUCUGGAGGUUUCAAUUUCAGUAUAGCAAGCAAAUGUGGCCUAUAUCUCAUAGACACCAGAAAGCCACUAUCUCCUGUGUUACAAUGGUUUCACAAUCUUGAUUACAAACCAACUUAUAUGCAGGUGUUCGAACUUUCUGAAUUAAGGUCCAAGGCUGAACGUGACAAAUAUAAAUGGGACACUCAAUCUGGUUUUGCCAUUUUACUGGGGUCAUUUUUGGAUGAUGACUUUAGUUUUUUCUUUUAUGGGCCUCCUUUGCCAGCUCCACCAAUCAGUGGCUUCUAAAGUUGCAGAUUUAUGCCACACCUUAUAUGCAUGGGGGCAUCCUUCGUAUAUAUCUUUGUCUGGUCCCCGAUGCUAUAGUGGUGAUAGCCUCAUACAAGAGGAGUUAUCAAAUGCAAGGUGUCCUAAGAGAAAAAUCAUGGGCUUCUGCGUCAUCACUGAAGAUCUCUUAGACAUCCAUCUUGAAAGUGGUGGCGGCUGCAGUUUUGGACUCGUUAGGUUGUUGCCCUCUGGGAAGAUCGAGUCACAGAUGUACAAUGCUUCUUGGAGUUUGACAAACCAUCUGCAAUAGAGCAUUUGGAACCAGCUGAAUCACCUUAUGAAGACUUUCGUAUGAGUUUGUUUCAGAGAGGUGAUAUAUGUAAGAAAAUGAAGUACUGGGAACUAGAUUAUCUCCUUCCUUACAUGGUGAUAUUCUUGCAAAAGUCUUGAAGGAGGGUUCUGGUUGUAUGCAGUCAUAUACUCAAGAAAAGUACAAAUAUUUGCAUGACCAUUUGAAGGCUGCUAGUGUUGAUCAGAUUGGGUCACUGCCUGAUAUUGUUAAGGUUUUAAUUUCUGUUAGUGUUCCAAUGAGCAUAAAUGAGAUUGCUGUAAGUAAAAUGUGGACUGGCCUAUCCAUCGGUGCUUUACAGCUAGGGCAUUCUUCGUAUCCAGAGCUCCCGCAAGUUAAACUGGACUUUAAGGAAGUGUCCAUGGACUUCUUACAUAUUCCGAAGUCUCCUCAGCUGCCACCAUUUUUAUUGAGGAAGCCUUCGAGGAGAAAUAAGGAGUCCGAAAAAGUGCAGCCUGGUGAUGAUCUUUUGGAACCAGUGCUUCCUCUUCCGGUUCUGGUCAAUCUUCACAAGGUAGAAAAAGAGAUGGGUGCAUCAGCUGCGGACAAAAAUGAAUUCUCAUUAACUCACCAAUGCAAUGAGAUCAUGAGAGUGGCCAGCAUUAUGGGUUUGCCAGGCUCGUCUGCUGAGUUACUUGACUCCCAUGCUGUUUCUCUUGAUGAUGACAUGGAAGAUAACUCUAGUGGUUUCCAAGAGGUAAAGUCACUGGUCUUUUAUAAACCAACAUCAUUCACUAGUGAGAACCGCCACUCUGUGGAACAGCCUGUUCUGGAAGAUACCUCUGCGACAUUCAUCAUGAAAGCAAACAAAUCUGGUUUAGAGAUGUUUGAUGAUCUGUGCCCAAUUGAGUUGAAGUUUGAUUCUCCUACUAGAAACUUUGGGAAGGAGGAGUUGGAGGCACUCAGGUUGUUGAAGAGACGAAUUUCCUCAUGGCAGGGAAAGUAUAAGCCUUAUCAGGCUUUAGUUGGACGUCAAGCGUAAAAGAUGAUAACACUCUUUAACUAUCCAGACAUGCAAUGGUCAAUUGAUGCCCAAUAUUGAGCAGAACUUCAGGUUGAACUGGGCUUCUUUUGGCUCUGGAGAUAAGCGUCAGGAUGACAGUGCUGACUUCACAGUAUUCGUUGGUGAUUUGGCUGCUGAUGUUACAGAUUAUACGUUGCAAGAUACAUUUAAGGUUCACUGUACCUCUGUUAAGGGUGCAAAAGUUGUUACUGAUAGAACCACUGGACGUUCUAAGGGAUAUGGAUUUGUUAGAUUUGCUGAUGAAGGCGAACAGUUGAGGGCAAUGACUGAAAUGAAUGGUCAAUUUUGCUCAACAAGACCCAUGCGUAUUGGGUCUGCUAGUAACAAAAAAACUAUUGGUGUCGGUCAACAACAAUAUCCAAAAGGAUGCCUACAAGCACUCAUGUUUAGGGGCCUGAAAGUGAUUUCAGCUGAAAUGCAUUCCUCGUUAACUGAGAGCCUUAAACUCCUAGCACUUGCAGUUUUAGAUGAUGCACUUCAUACUUUAUCAGUCUCUCAUCAAUCAGUAGUUAGGUCAGCCACUUACCAGAGUACUCCGGAUGGAACUCAGAAUGAGAUUCAUCCAAAUAAUACAACUAUAUUUGUUGGUGGUCUGGGCUAUAGUGUCACUGAGGCAUACUUGAGACAAGUUUUUAGCCAAUUUGGAGAGUUAUCCCAUGUGAAAAUACCUGUAGGAAAACGCUGUGGGUUUGUUCAGUUCGAUAAUAGGACUUGUGCAGAGUAGGCUUUGCUGAUGUCAAAUGGAAGUCGUUCAAAUAAACAGGAUCACUCCGGUGGUAUGGCUCAGCAACAUGCAGAUCCAAACCAGUGGCGUGCUUCAUCUCCAAAUAAACAAUUUAUUUAGUUGGGGAUUCCAUUGGAGGAUGUUAGCACUUCCAUUGAUCUAAUGGUACUCCCAACAAGUAUUUUUCUUUUGUUAGCGCUCUGAAUUGUUAGCCGACUUCUUUGUGGUUCAGCAACAUCAUUUGGCAGGUCAGCCUUGCAGGCUUGCAGGUGCCCCGAUGAAGGUGGCAGUAGUCAGACUCAAUAUUAAAAAAGGCCUCCCUCUUGCACAAAGACUUGGGAAAAUGUCCCUACUUUGUUACCAUGUAUAUCUGUAAGAACUAAGAACUAACAAUCCCCUAGUCUCUAGGUUCCUUGUCCAUUGGAAAAUAAAAAGAAAACUAACAAUCUGUUGUUGAAAGAACUUCUUCCUCGUAAAAAGAUGUGUUAGGGUUUUAGACCUUUAUCACCGGAGAAAAGCUUAGCACAACAAGAAAGAGCCGGAUAAACCCUUUGAAUUGGGGGUUAGCCACCAGCUCUGAGAAAGAAAACUAAAUAAACUGAUUUGUUUAUAUUGAUUGAUAAUUAAUACAACUCAGAGUUACGUAUUUAUA